AUGGAUGAGGCCCUACUAACAGUCCACAGCCGAGUGCUCUACGGUAUUUGUGUUCUCUACCAAUCAGAUUACUGCUAUAAGUGUGUGUACCAGCCUCUGACCAAUUUGGGUUAUGACCAGAGAAAUGCAUCUGUGGUUAUCAGCACUCGGUUCUCUCUGACUCUCAGGGUCCAGCAUAAAUCUAACAAUCAAACUCUGUGCAGUUUGACGGAGCUGUUUGAAGAAGCGGGACAUUAUUCCCUUUGGGUGACACCGUCAGAAACGCCAAACAAAACAGACUGUUCACUGACCGUGGACAAGCAGCCUCACAGCACGUACUUACCUCUGGUGGUGGCUGCUCUUCUUCUGGCCUGUCUGGCCCUGGUUGAAAUGGUUUGUUUGUUUUUCUGUACCAGACUACGUUGCACGUCAAAGCUUCUGAACCUUGUUUGCUGUCGUACGACUCAUUCAGACUCAGAUGAGGUGAACCACAGGUCACAAACGCUGAGCCGUAGCGGCGGUGCGGCUACGCCCGAAUCUUCACGGCUGAGGUCCUUAGACACGUUUCGCGGAUUUGCCCUUACAGUGAUGGUGUUCGUGAAUUACGGUGGUGGAGGAUACUGGUUCUUUCAGCAUGCGCCGUGGAAUGGUCUAACUGUUGCUGAUCUUGUGAUGCCUUGGUUCGUGUUUAUCAUGGGGACGUCUAUAGUUCUGGCGUUUAGCUCCAUGAGGAGGAGAGGAGUGAACAGGAUCCAGCUCCUGAGAAAACUGACCUGGAGAACCGUGGUUCUGAUGCUCAUCGGGUUCUGUUUCAUGAACUACAGUCCGAGAGACGGAUUGCUAUCCUGGUCCUGGCUGAGGAUUCCUGGAGUGCUGCAGCGAUUGGCCUUUACUUAUUUCAUCCUGUCCCUCAUGCAGACGCUCUCCCCACACAGAGACAUCCCUCUUAGAGAGCGACCCUGCUGGAGCCCGGUGCAGGACCUGGUGUUGUACUGGCCACAGUGGGUCUUGGUGCUGGUCUUGGAGACGCUGUGGCUGUGUGUGACCUUCCUCCUGCCCGUCCCAAACUGCCCCACGGGGUACCUGGGGGCAGGAGGGAUUGGAGAUAACGGGUUAUACCCUAACUGCACGGGCGGAGCAGCGGCCUGGGUUGACAGGUGGCUGCUGGGAGAUAGAAUCUACUGGUACCCAACCUUUAAGGUCCUGUAUCGGACAACACAACCGUUUGACCCGGAAGGUGUUCUGGGCACAAUCAACUCCAUAGUAAUGGGUUUCAUUGGGAUGCAGGCAGGAAAGAUUCUCCUGUUCUACCGCAAAAUGAACAGCAGUAUUCUGAUCCGAUUCCUAGUGUGGGCCAUCAUUCUGGGGAUCAGUGCGGCCAUCCUUUGUAAGUGCACGCGAGAAGAAGGAUUUAUACCUGUCAAUAAAAACCUGUGGUCCCUGUCCUAUGUGAUGUGCAUGGGCUGCUUGUCCUUCGUGUUGCUGGCGGGGAUGUUCUUCGUCGUGGACGUUAAGGACUGGUGGACAGGCAAGCCUUUCAUUUACCCUGGGAUGAACUCAAUCUUUGUCUACGUGGGCCAUUCUCUCCUCGGCUAUUACUUCCCUUUCAGCUGGGAGCAGCGUGUUCAGAGCAGUCACUGGGAAAUGUUGUUUCAGUGCCUUUGGGCCACAGCGCUUUGGAUUCUCAUCUCCUACCUGCUCUACAGGAAGAAAUUCUUUCUUAAGAUCUGA